CCGAUCACCUGGGUGGAAGGAUUCUUUUUGUCUUUGAGUAGAAACCAAGAACCAAACCAACACAUCAAGAUGGGAAAGAUCCUAUUUGGAAUCAUUGCAGCUGUUGCAUCUUUUAUGCUGGUUGAAUCCCUGACCUGCAACCAGUGCAAGUAUGGUCUGCUGGGCUUCUGCUUUAACAACAAUCAAGUGACCUGCUCAACCAACACCAGUGUCUGCUUUACUGGAAAAGCAACUUUCACCUCACUCACUUCUGUGGGCUUCAACACCCAGGGGUGCCAGGAGCCUGCUGGCUGCAACACCACCACCAACGGCACCCUGCUGAAUGUUCCAUACACGAUCACAGUCAACUGUUGCUCAUCAAACAACUGCAACCCUGUCCAGGUCAGCGGCGCCCCAUCGACCAAGAUGACCCUCACCGCCGCCGUUGGUGUAGCCGCCCUGGCCUCCAUGUGGGGCAGCAUUCUGUGAUACGCCUAACGCAAAAUCACAGAAACAGCAGCGGACUGCUGCAGUCAGAUGCACCUCAAAUCCAUUUGUACUGGAAUACACUAUAUUUUAACCAUACCACAAGGCCAAGAGCACUAUCUGAAAUAAACUCUUUAGACUUUAUGAGCUUAUAAGCAGGAUCCAAAAUUAGCACCAUCUACCGGCCAAAUGCUGGUAAAAUAUGCAAGUGGCUGGUGGAUUUGCUUCACUCACCAGCCAAAAAACAGUGGUGAUCUAUUGAAUGGGUGAUAAAAUUUGAACAUUCACUAGCCAUUUGGCUGGUGGACAAAAAAAUAAAUGUUGGACCCUGCUUAUAAGUAUGAUUAUUUAUAUGUUCAUAUGCUGUGACACUCUUUUUUUCAUAACUUAGGUCUUGUCAUGUCAGGGUUAAAUUUUAAUGACAGAUUAUAUAAAAUCUCCAAACUAAGGUAUCCACUUCAUGGAAGUUGAUCAAUGGGAUGUUUCAGGGAAACAUUG